AUGGGAAAACAGCGAGAGUUGGUAUUUUCUUUGUUUUUUUGGAAAGAGAUCAGUGACAGAUUUUUUGCCGAAGCUGAAUAAAUAGAAAAGUUUUAGAGUGUUUUGUUUUACAAUUAAUUGUUAGAUCACUUCCAUAGUGUGUGGGUUUUUUUUUGAAAAAAAAAUUGAUCAGCAAAAAUAAUUUUUGCAGUGUGACGAAUUUAUUCAUUUUUGAAAACAAUAUUUCUAUUUAUAAGUUUCAGAGUAAACCGCUAGCUUCGCUAAAAAUGUAGGAUAACAAUGUUGGGAAAACCUUAGUUUUGAAGUUUCUCCAAGAAAAAUUUCUUCAACAUUUUACUUCACUUAGAUUUUGAAAAUUGUCUCUUCAAAAACUUUUUUUCCAGUUUUUUUUUCAAAAGAAAAUAUGAGUAUCAAAUUUCACCCAAUUGUUGACCCCAUCAAAAACAGUCAUUUUUCAAAUCCAAUUUUCCUGGGAAAACCUCAACCUCAAAACACAAAUUUUUGUCUCUUUUUUGUUGCUUUUUCUCGUGAUACGUUUUGGCUCUUGAUGAAAGAAACAGAAGAAGAAGAAAAAAAACACAAAUUCUCUUUUGUUUGUUUUUUUCUUGACUUUUUCUCAUUUUCUCCGUGCGAUUGUGAGAUUUUUAUAAAUUUCAAAUUUAUAUAACUUUUUUGUUGCUUGUUUUCUCGCUCUUUUUUUUCGAAAUUAAAAAUAUUGCAAUUUUCUCGGUUGUCUGCGAAACAGAGAAAAAAUCAGAUGAAAAACAAGACAAUUUGAAAUUUAGUCUAAUGAUGUCACGAAAGAAAAAAAAGUGACAAAUUAUGUGUGAAAAAUAAUAAUGAAAAAGUAUCAUUUUUUUUUGUUCCUCUCAAUUUCUGUUGCAUUUUUCUUUUGAAAAUAAAUUCAGAGAGGAAAAAGAAAAAGAAAAAAGAAAAACACAUGUGCUCUUUGAUUUUUCUGUUUGUAAAUUGUUGAAAAGAUGGGAUGGCCUAAAAAACCAAAAUUUGUCAUUAAAAAUUGAACAAUUAGGUAUUUUUUUUUUGUUAAAAUUGAUCAACUGAACCUCUAGAUUUUCAAAAUAAAAUCUCCAGUUGUUUCAUUUGAAUCAUUAAAAUUUGAGUGUUUUUUCUAAUAAAUUUGCUUAUAAAAAACUUCUAUCAACUUUUUCUAAAAAUAUUUCCUUCAUUUCCGAUAAUCUGUUUUGAAAUUCGAACUAAAAAUUUGCUAACGAACGCCUUUUUCAUCGUCACACCCACUGCAUAAAUAUCUGCUUCUCUCUUUUUUUCAGGCGGAAAAUGCUUCUACUGAAAAUCCUUUUCUUUAAAAAAGUCUGAAAGUGUUCGACUUUCAAAAGACCCCAAUCAAUCAAACUUCCUCUUUCUUGAGUUUAUCUUUUUGUUCGGAAUUUGUGAUAUAUUCACACAACAAACAACACAUCAAAAAAGAAGAAGAAGCAGAAGAAGGCUUUUUUCAGUCAACCAAGCCAGCCUUUUUUCUCUUCUGCUCAUUAUCGAUUUUUUGUCUCGUCAGGUUCUCUUCUUCCGAGCUUCAUCUUUUUCUUUUUCUCUCUUUUUUCUCUCGAAAAAUUUUCUCCUUUUUUUGUUGUUUGUUACUCUUUUCCCAUUUUUCUUUUUUUCCCGCAUUUCCUUCCGAUUUUAUCAUUUAUGUGGGAAAAUUUCAGAAAAAUAAUAAUACUAAAAAAUGAAAAAAUCCCCUUUGUUAUCAUUUUGAUUAACCAAAAACAACCAGUUUUUUCUGCCAUCUUCUAGCCAUUUUGACCCUUUUCUAUUUGUUUUGGAAUCCAAUUUAUUUGGAACUUUUUUCUUUUCUCCAAAAUGAUUUGAAUUUGAAUUCCGAUUUUUUGCAGAGUUUCAAAAACUCUCAAAACGAAAAAAAUCAUCAUCACCACGUUUUUCCUCACCUACGAUUCCCGUCGUCGAAAUCCGAGGUUAGUUCCAAGAUUUGAAUUUUGAAAAGUCAUGCAUUUUUCAAAAAUAUGUGAUUUUUUGAACCAGAAAACAUUUGUUCACUCUCAAGAUUUUUUGCUACAACAAAAACCCACUCCAAACUGAAGUUCGUUAUUUCUUCACACUUUUCAAGUAAAACCACGCAUGAACUUGAUUUUCGAUCUGAAAAAAAUGAUUUGAGAUUGAAGCCUUAAAAUUUUGUGAAAUUCAGCUUCCAUUUUUUAUUCAGAAGAUUAUGAAAAUUUUGUUCCAAAAAAUCUGCUUGAAUUUGACUUUAUGAAAAUAUAUGCUCUAACCAAGCUCUGCCUCUUUUGAUCAUUUUCACAUAUUUGGAAAAUAUGAUAAAAUUAUCAAAAGUUCUAUUCCGUCGUUCAAAAUGAAAUGUCUUAUUAUAAAGUGUGUAAAUGCACUUUUUCUAGUCUAUAAUUCUCUAAAUCUUUCACGUUCGUGUUGAAUUUCAUCGAUUUUAGUCCUAUCCCAAAGAUUGUAUCAGAUUCCAGAAAUGCGGCAAAAAUUAUGUGAACACUUUUACAUUUUUUCAAAUUGCACUCAUCUGUUCAAUGUUUUUUUUUGUUGCAACUAAGCUCCUCCCAUUUUCCAUAUUUUUCUUUCUCGCUCGCCCGCACAAAAAAAGUACAAUUUUGAAAAUCACAAGGAAAACCCAUUUAUCCUUGUUUUUGAAACAAACCAAACAUGUUUUUGCCGUUUUCUUGUUUACCCAAAAACAUACUUUUUUGUUCUUUUUGCAAAAAAUCACAUUUUUCCCACCGAAAAGAACACAAGUUCAAAUCAAGUGUGAUUUUCUGUUUUGAAAAAUAGAAAAGAGGAAAAGAAAAACAACAGCCGGGUUAUAACCGAAAACUCUCUUUUUUUUCAUUCGAUCAAUUUUUCUUCAGUCAUGAGUUCAAGCUUUUGGUUCCUUCCUAGUUUUGUUUUUUUUUUUGAGAAAAUGACCAAAAAUCUUUUUUGUGGGUUUUGAAAGAAUUGAAAAAAAAAAUUCCAUGAAUUUCUGAAAUUUUCCUCUGAAAAUAUACAAGUUUGAUGAGAUGAUUUUAUUAAUUCAUCAUCAUGCGAAAGUCGAACUUUUCUUUUUCUUUUUCCAGACUUUCACAUAACUAUUUUUAUUUUUCUAAAUAGGAUUUUUUGUUGCGAAAUGAUUAGCAAUUUUCUGAAUCAGAUAGCCUUGAAAAUUGCAUUUGUUAGUGUGAAAAAAAUAUGACGUGAUCAUUACUUUUGAACUUUUUUUUGUCACCGAAAUUUAUUGGAUGAAAAAUAGACUCGGCUCUCAUGUUCUGUAAUUAGUGCUCGAAUUCUGUAAUUCAAAAUUUUCGAACCGGAUUCUGUUUCAAAAUCAUCUCGUCUUUUUACGAUCGAGAUUUUUUUUCCAGAUUUUAAACGGACUACUGAACUUUUCUAAAAAAUUUUUAGAAGCACACCCUUAAAAGCCAAUUUUUUGAGCGUACAAACCAUACCAUCAAAAAAUGAUCUCUUCAAAAAAUAAUUUGGCUGCGCUAACUCACAAUUUACAUAAAAAAUUGUUCAGUUAUUUUUAAAAUGGGCUUAUCAAAAUUUUCAAAAAUUUUUUUAAAUCUCAAUUUUUUGUAGGAUUCUUCACUCGACGUACAUGAUGCGAACGGCGGCAGGUGCAUCAAAUCGAUUAUGGGUUGGACCUUUGAUGUUGGUCAUUAUUAUUGCUUUGAUCUAUUUAUUGUCUUUGAUGCCAGCGACGCAACCAAUGGUGAGUCAAAACUUUCUUUUUUUGUAUUGUUUUUUUGAAACAAACAAAUAAAAACUUCAAAUAAAAAAUGAUUGAAUCACAAAGAAAUCAAAUAAAAAUAAUAAUUUUAUAUGAUGAAUCACCUCCAACAAUUUUUUUUCGAAAAAAAAACUUGGAUAUCUAAUUGAGUAAGAAACUUGUCAUCAUCGCGUGGGUUUAUGACAUUUUUCUCGAGAUGAUCAAUUAUUUUUUCUAUGUACUUGCUCAUCAUUUUUUCAAAGAAACAAAAUGCAAAAAAGUAGUAUAUUAAAAAUAUUGAAACCUCAUUAGAAACCGGACGGAAAAAAUCUUUGAAAACAUUUAUUUAAAAAAUAUGAAGAUUGUUGGAACUUGGAAAAAAUUUGAAAUUAAAAUUAAUAUGAGGAACUUUUGUUUUACCGAAAAUACUGAAUAAGGAUUUUGACAUUAAUAUGAUCCUUUUUUAUUUGAAAAAUUCUACUGAAAAAUUUCGACCCUAAAUUAAUAUUGAAAAUAUUUCAUUUCAAAACAAAACACAAUUUAAUUUUAGUCAAACAACGUUUUGAUAAUGCCACCGGAAAAUCCUCAAGAAUAUGCAAUGAAAGGACAAAUUCAUUCUGAAAUCGAAGAUCGAGGAUAUAAACAUAUUAGUGGAAGCGAAGUAUCGAAUUGUAUUAAUGGACGAACGAAUGAAACUGAUGGAACUUGUGUUUGUCUAAAUGGUUACAACGGCAAAAAUUGCGAAUUUCAUGUAAGUUUGGAAUUUGUGGGAGAACGUAAUUGUAACUUUUACAAUAAUUUUUUUUCCACGUCAUGAAGUUUAUCAUCAUAUUUUUUUUCAAAGCUACCGUAAUUUGAAGAAUCCAAUUUUCGUGCGUCAUCACAUUUUUACUAGAUGUUUUUCUGAAAACUAAAUUUGUACUUAUUACGAUUCAAAUUUUAAGACGUCAGCAAGUUUUUGAAUAAUAUUUUUUAUCCAAAGACCGAAUUUAAGGGGGAGAAAAUAUGUGACACUUCUCGAUUUUAAUUUUAUCAUUGAAUCCCAUUUACAAACUUCAGAUUUGCUCAAACAAUGGCGAAUACAACUCAACAUCUUCUCGUUGCUCGUGUCGAUCAAAUUUUUACGGACCAAAUUGUGCAUUUGAAUGUCAUGGAAUAUUCAACCCAAUAACUAUGAAAUGUGAAUGCGAAAAUAAUCGAGAAUGCUCAAGAUGCCCAAAUGGUCGAUUGAGUGAUGGAAAAUGUGUGUGCCCUCCUGGGUUCACGGGACCAUCUUGUACGAUUUGCGACCCACAGAGUCCCUAUAACUGUGAAGCUUUAUUCAAAAGUCACAGAGCUGUAAAUUCACGUUUGACACUUUCUGGACUAUCUUUUUGUAUUAUAACUGUUGGAUUGUUGUGUGUUGGUGCAAGAAGAAGAAGAUCACAAAUGGCUCCGAUGAGCGAUGAAACCUGGUAUCGUGUAUUUCAUCCAAACAAUAAUCGACCAUUCAGGUAAAUGUUUUGAUGAAAUGGAAAGUUUUCUUGGCUCGAAAAAAUGCACCAGCUGGAACAGCUCUGAAUUUUAUCAGAACAAUUCUGAAAAUUUAAUCUUUUUUGUUCAGUUAUUCUUACAAUUAGUUCAAAAUUCGGUCCCCUUUUUUUUGCGAAACAUCAUUAUUCAAUCGAAGAACAGUCUAGUUAAUAAUAAGAUAAGGUUAGGGUUGUAAAAUUAAAUGCAUGAGCAUGAUAAUUUGCAGUCGACAAAAAAAUGACCUCAUUUUUUUCUCACUAAAUUUCUCAUUUUAUCGUCAGUUUUAUGAAUGGUCAACAACCACAAAACAUGAAAUCAAAUGCUUACAAAAUAUUUUCAUCAUCACAAAGAAGAACAAGACCAAAAGUCGAAACUGGGUUGAGAGAUCAUAAUGUUUUUUUGUUGACUUGAGAGUGAAACCCGACGUCAGACAAGACAAUUUGAAAAAAUAAGUUCGCAUAAAAGUUCUCAUUUCUGAUUUUUCAGUUCAAAAUCUAACCCAUACUUCACAAUCUGAAACUCAUCUAAAAAAUUUCCACCAAAUCAAUGUGUUUUUCCAGAUGUCGACAUGAUUAUAUGUGUGGAGGUUCAUGGGUUCCAAGAGACCGUGCUCUAAUUGUUGCUCCUGGCCGUGUUUCAAUGUCAUCCACUACAACUCCUCGAAUUCAUCGUCUCGCAACUCCUCCACCAAGUUAUACAUCAGUCGAUGAAUCAGCCACCAGUGAUAUUCAAACACUUCCACCAACUUAUGAAGAAGCGACAAGAAUUGAAAUUGUUGAUGAAGUUAUGCCAACUGAAGUUGUUAUUCCAGAAGAAGAUUCGAAUGAUGAACAAAAAGAUUCGACGAGUUCGACUGGAGAAAUUCACAUUCAAGUGGAGGAUGAUCGAGAAAAUGGAGAAGAUCAACAAGAAAAUCACGAAUAA